AUGGAAACGCACACCGAUGUGCUGCUUGUCACCGCAAAUGUCGGGUCACUCUUUGACAAUGCUUUGGGGAGCUUGUACUUCAUACACAAGAAACUGAAAAACAUCUAUCAGUAUGAUUUUAAUGUUAAGGAUUUUAAAGCAGUGUCGGGACAAAACAAGCAUGUGGGCUCUCUGGAUGGGGUCGCCACAGUGGAGAAAGAAAAAUUCCCAAAGAAUUUCUGGCCUGAUUUCAAGUGGUCCAGAAAGGGCUUCAUGAGGACCCGCUGGAUUAUACACGACCAAGCUCUGGACCUGGUCAAUGUCCACCUGUUCCACGAUGCGUCCAACCUCGUUGCCUGCAACUCCAGUCCGUCCAUUUACUCAGCCAACCGCAAAAACGCUCUCAGAUAUGUCAUCAACAGGAUAUCAGACAGCCGCUACACUCUUCUGCCUUUCAUCCUGUUUGGAGAUUUCAACUUCCGUCUUGACACACUUAGUGUGGUCCAGCAUCUGUCCACAGCGGCAGAUGUGCAGACAGUGAAGAAGGAAUGCAGUAAUGAAGUGGAGAAGAUCAUCUGCGAAGAAAAAGACAAUGACCACCAGGUGCUGCUCCGCAUUGAGGAGAAGCUGUUUGCCUACCUGCACCAGGCGGUUUUCAGGGAGGACAAUGGCAGAGCGCUUUUGAAGUACGACAAAGAAGUCGCAGCCUUUCAUGAUGUUAUUAAGGAAGAAGACAUCAAGUUUCCACCCAGCUACCCCUACAGUGAGGAGUACACUAAACCGACCCAGUAUAUGAACACUCGCUGUCCUGCCUGGUGUGAUCGCGUCCUCAUGUCGCACACUGCCCAAGAAUUCAUCCACGAGGGCGAUGACGGCGAGAAGAGCGUUGUUUACAACACAGUGGGUCCUAAUGUCUGUAUGGGAGACCACAAGCCGGUUUUCUUGUUCUUCUUACUGAAGACAAAUGACCAUUGACUUGGAUCCUUCUCAAUGGACUAUAACCGCGCCAUCCUCACAGCUCUGCCACAGUAUCAGUACCAGAGGAUAAUCAGCACAACCCCACCCAUCCAGCCCAGCAGCAGGUCUCGAUUCAGCUUGUACCCGCUGUGAAAACCCCGUCCUCACAUCCCUGGCGUCUCACAUAUGACUGUCUCACUGCCACGUGCUGUCGACGGCAGCCCGACUGACACGAUCACUGAUUUAUCUGCAGAUGUUAUGGAUUUCUGGUGCAGUUUUCCAGAUUAUCUACUCACUCUCAGAUCUUAAGUCCCGUUACCUGAAAGCUCAGCGUCACCGUGAUGUUCCUGCUAUUCCUGCCUGCAUCCAUGGAGACGAAGAAAUGAUGUAAAGACUGAAGUGUGUCACUGUGCACCAGCCCCUUUACAUGAACGUGUAUGUUGUUGCAUUAUAUUUUAAAUAUGCCUUUUUGUUUUUACAGGCAGUGUCAGACAAACCCUACCACAAAUGUACUCAUUCCUUAUUGGCCCAAAAUAUUUUAUUAAAUGUCCUCAGUCAGACCAUUUUGUACCAACUGGACUGAAUACCUUCCACUCAAGAGGUUUUAAAUUUGUAGUUUAAUUGGAAUUAUUGGACCAGUCCUACUGACUAUAUGCAAAGCAACAUUUUAUUCUACAGCGGAAACAUUGUCGAGGACUGCUGCUGUACCAGUUUGCUGUCAACACAACAGUUUGGUCAGAUGCCCUCUAUAGAUAAAACAACAUAUUCUACAUACUCUAAGCUACUGUACUUUCUUGAUUAAAUAACAAAAUCACUUCCAGAAUUGAUUUUGAUAAAUGUACAGUACAUGAAAUGACAUUAGACAAUGGGGGAAAAAAGGCCAAUAACAAUUUAAAAGCAAUAACAGACUACAGCAGUUUUGACUGUUUACAAAUGCUGCAUAGGAGCUGAAUUUAUUCAUAUAACACAGCUGUUGAAGUAACGUUCUUUUGCUGUUAUUCUAAUCUACCAACUGUACAUCAAUCUCACUCAGAGAGUUUUCUUUACAGCUUGUCUAAAAUCUUUUCCACCCUGUUCUGGUUGUCAUCAACCUUAUUUCAUGAGCAAAAGAAUGAUACUGUAGGCCUCACAUGUUUACUUCUAACUGUACUUGAUGGGUAUGGAUGUUUCCAUCGCACGGCUUCACUUGAACUCCACAAAAUGCUGUAAAUAUUCAGUUCAUCCACAUGUGUGCGCCCACACACAACACAGAAGGCACUGUUUUGCUUUUACAUUGAUUUUUGUCUUGUAUUGUCUUGUUGAUACAUAGUCUCAUACUGUAGCACCUGUGCUGUAUACUAUGUUUGAUGUGUUCAUUAUUGGUCAGAUGGGUGACUGUGCACCAGCCCCAUUUACAUGGACGUGUAUGCAAACCAUUCUUACUUUUUCUGAUUGUAGAUGUUGCAAAUUUUACUUUUUCUUCCAGGCAGUGUCAGACAAACCCUACCACAAAUGUACUCAUCCUUAUUGGCCCUAAAUAUUUUAUUAAACCAAUUCAAUCAGUCAGACCAUUUUGUACCAACUGGACUGAAUACCUUCCACUCAAGAGGUUUUAUAUUAGCAGCUUAUUUCAGUCAAUCAGAAUCUAGUAUCAUGAAACUGUAAAUAACGUUUAACUCAACAUUACAGGAUAUAUAGGAUAUUUAAUAUCAAGUAUUGGACCAGUCCUACUGACUGUUUGCUUUUGUUUUACGCCAUUUUUAGUUCUGAGAUUAUUUUCUGAAGUUGUUUACUAUCCCUGUGAGCAACAUUUUAUUCUGCACCGGAAACAUUGUUGAGGAAUGCUGCUGUACCAGUUUACUGUUUACACAACAGUUUGGUCAGAUGCCCUAGAUAAAACAACAUAUUCUACGUACUCUUAGCUACUGUAGUUUCUCACAGCGUCUUUAAUUAGGUCCCAUACCUCUUGAUUAAAUAACAAAAUCACUUCCUGAUUUGAAUUUGAUAAAUGUACAGUAUAUGUUGUAGAAAUGACACUAGACAAUGGACAAAAGGGGCGAUAACAAUUUAAAAGCAACAAUAAACCGACUACAGCAGUUUUGACUGUUUAUGAAUGCUACGUAGGAGCUGCAUUUAUUCAUAUAACACAGCAGCAGAUGGUUUCACCCUGUUGAAGUUAAAGUAUAGUUCUUUUGCUGUUAUUCUUAUGUACCAACUGUACGUCAAUACCAAGUGCUUUGUUCCAUAGUUGUCAAUUCUUUUGAUUUUAGCCGUCCUCACUCAGAGAAAGUUUUCUUUACAGUUUGUCUAAAAUCCUUUCCACUCUGUUCUUGUUGGCAUCGACCUCAUUUCAUUGCCAAAAGAAUAAUACUGUAGGCCUCACAUGUUUACUUCUAACUGUACUUUAUGGGUAUGGCUGUUUCCAUCAGACGGCUUCACUUGAACCUCACAAAAUGCUGUAAAUACAGUUUAUAAACAUGUGUGCACACACACAACACAGAAGGCACUGUUUGCUUUUACAUUGAUUUUUUUAUUUUGUUUUGUUGAUUCAUAGUCUCGUGCUGUAGUAUGUGUGCGGUAUAAUAUUUUUGAAUUGUGAAUUAUUUCGAUUUUUUUUUUAAUCUGGCUUUAAUACUGACUAAUUUAAAAAAAGAUUGAAAUAUGUUUUUGUGGUUUGUUACUUCCAUAAAUUGUCUUAUCCCUUAGCUGGAGCCAAUCCCAGCUGACAUGUAUUUUAAUUUUUUGUGUGUUUUGUUUUGUCCUACACAUCUUGGUGGAACAACACGCUCUCUAUAUUCAUACAAAAAUACUUUUCAUGCAUAAAUUCACAGAUAUUAUUAUGAAGUUUGGACUGUCUUGUCAUGUUUGUACGGUGGGACUGAAGCCUCACCAUAACAAGACGAAGUGGUAAGAAUCAGUGAUGUUUGCAUGGAUGGAAGAGUUUUUUUAAAGUAAUAAACUUGUAGCAGUUCAGUGUUGUCCAGUCAUGGGAGUGCAGUGCAUCAUAAAGCCAGUAUUACAUGAAGAUUAACUCUGGUCAAACACUACAUUGUCAUAUUUCUUUUUUGUAAAUAAAAUAUUACCCUUAUAAA